AUGUCAGAACUCAUGAAAAAUCCAAAGGCUAUGGAAAAAGCACAAACUGAGGUAAGAAAGGUUUUUGGACUUAAAGGAUAUGUAGAUGAAACAAACCUUAACCAUCUGAAGUACUUAAAUUCAGUCAUCAAAGAAACCUUGAGGCUACAUCCCCCUGAAGUAUUAUCAAUUCCAAGAGAAAACAGUGAGGAAUGUGUUAUCAAAGGAUAUGAGAUACCUGCUAAGAGCACUAUCAUAGUCAAUGCUUGGGCUAUUGGAAGAGAUCCUAAAUAUUGGGCUGAAGCUGAGAGAUUUUUACCAGAGAGAUUUCUUGAUAACCCAAUUGAUUUUAAUGGCACCAAUUUCCAAUAUAUCCCGUUUGGUGCUGGAAGGAGAAUAUGCCCAGGAAUUGCAUUUUCUAUACCUUACUUACAGCUUCCACUUGCCAAUUUGCUUUAUCAUUUUGAUUGGAAGUUACCAAAUGGAAUGAACAAUGAAGAAUUGGACAUGACUGAGAGCUUUGGCAUUGUAGCACCAAAGAAGAAUGAUCUAUGCUUAAUCCCCAUUGCAUAUAAACCUUCUGGAAAAGCAAUCAUUUGA